GCGAGCAGCAGGAGAGGCGCAGAGUCAGAGGGGCAGGGACGGCGGCGGAGGGAGCAGGAGGUUGGGGCUUGAGCCCGUCAUUCCGGCGCACGGAAACUUGAAGUCGCUCGGUAGCCGGGGAAGGGAAGGAAGAGGCAGGCUCUUUCCUAGAGGUGCCGUGAUCGAGGGUCUGGCACUCCAAGCCAACUCCUGAGAACGGGAAAUGGGCGGGGGUCGGUGGGGUGGAGAGGGCAGCCGUGGUCGCGAGAGCGAAGGAGCGGUCUGAGAAUCCGGCUUGAGUGUUAAAGGCUAAGCGUGUCUAGCUGGACCCGUGGCCCCGAAGAAGCGAGACAAGGCGACGCGGAGCUGUACCUGACACCCCGAGGACCGAGGGACAGCGAAGGGCCGGGGCCGCCGGCCAUUGCCAGGCGCCAUUAGGUGACGCGGCCGUCACGCGAUGACGCGCUGACCGGCAGUGGCCUCCACGUCGCAGGUUCCGCAAAGACCUGUGGGAGCGACCCGGGAGAAGGAGGGCCAAAAUGGCGGAAGCGGAGGAGUCUCCAGGAGACCCGGGGACAGCAUCGCCCAGGCCCCUGUUUGCAGGCCUUUCAGAUAUAUCCAUCUCACAAGACAUCCCCGUAGAAGGAGAAAUCACCAUUCCUAUGAGAUCUCGCAUCCGGGAGUUUGACAGCUCCACAUUAAAUGAAUCUGUUCGCAAUACCAUCAUGCGUGAUCUAAAAGCUGUUGGGAAAAAAUUCAUGCAUGUUUUGUACCCAAGGAAAAGUAAUACUCUUUUGAGAGAUUGGGAUUUGUGGGGCCCUUUGAUCCUUUGUGUGACACUCGCAUUAAUGCUGCAAAGAGACUCUGCAGAUAGUGAAAAAGACGGAGGGCCCCAAUUUGCAGAGGUGUUUGUCAUUGUCUGGUUUGGUGCAGUUACCAUCACCCUCAACUCAAAACUUCUUGGAGGGAACAUAUCUUUUUUUCAGAGCCUCUGUGUGCUGGGUUACUGUAUACUUCCCUUGACAGUAGCAAUGCUGAUUUGCCGGCUGGUACUUUUGGCUGAUCCAGGACCUGUAAACUUCAUGGUUCGGCUUUUUGUGGUGAUUGUGAUGUUUGCCUGGUCUAUAGUUGCCUCCACAGCUUUCCUUGCUGAUAGCCAGCCUCCAAACCGCAGAGCCCUAGCUGUUUAUCCUGUUUUCCUGUUUUACUUUGUCAUCAGUUGGAUGAUUCUCACCUUUACUCCUCAGUAAAUCAGGAAUGGGAAAUUAAAAACCAGUGAAUUGAAAGCACAUCUGAAAGAUGCAAUUCACCAUGGAGCUUUGUCUCUGGCCCUUAUUUGUCUAAUUUUGGAGGUAUUUGAUAACUGAGUAGGUGAGGAGAUUAAAAGGGAGCCAUAUAGCACUGUCACCCCUUAUUUGAGGAACUGAUGUUUGAAAGGCUGUUCUUUUCUCUCUUAAUGUCAUUUCUUUAAAAAUACAUGUGCAUACUACACACAGUAUAUAAUGCCUCCUUAAGGCAUGAUGGAGUCACCGUGGUCCAUUUGGGUGACAACCAGUGACUUGGGAAGCACAUAGAUACAUCUUACAAGUUGAAUAGAGUUGAUAACUAUUUUCAGUUUUGAGAAUACCAGUUCAGGUGCAGCUCUUAAACACAUUGCCUUAUGACUAUUAGAAUAUGCCUCUCUUUUCAUAAAUAAAAAUACAUGGUCUAUAUCCAUUUUCUUUUAUUUCUCUCUCUUAAGCUUAAAAAGGCAAUGAGAGAGGUUAGGAGUGGGUUCAUACACGGAGAAUGAGAAAACAUGCAUUAACCAAUAUUCAGAUUUUGAUCAGAGGAAAUUCUACACUUGUUGCAAAAAAAAAAAAAAAUAGCAAAGGGCCUCUAAAGAAUCAGCCUCUUUGGUCCCUUUGUGCAGUCACCUUUUUGCCAUGUUUAACAGCAUCUUGGUUGGCACUCUAGUCUUAAUCUUGCUCCUUAACUUUGAAUAUGCAGUCUAAAAUGUCAGUAGUCAACAUGUCAUUUUCCUUUGAAAUUCUGAAUAUUCCAGUGCUGGAACUUAUCCAGAAAGAAGACCUCAGAAACUUAGAUUGGUAGAUCUCUAGUGCAUAUUAUCAUGUGGGCACCUUCUCUUAGGGUGGAAUGAGGCAGUCUGGAUGCAGCAUAGUUAAAAGGAGCUGUUUAAUAUUCUCUGUAGUCUGGCCUCUUAACUAGAAAGUAAAGCUAAAUCAGAAGCCUGUAUUUAACCAUGUGAACAGGGAGGGAUUUAGUGUUCUGAUGGCUGAUUAAUAGAACAGCUAGAUACUUAGAGCAUGACGUGGGAUGGGAUGAGUUUACAGCUGCUGCCUUUUCAUGGUGAGCUUAGCAGUUUUCUCAUUAGAUGUGUUUUUUUGGGUUGGGGAAUAGCAAUUUAUUUUAUUGAUUUUAGACUUUAUCAAGCUAAUUAGCUCCCCUUUAGAUAAGUACAUGUUGCACAUGUGCACCUACUUGUACUCUCAGAUAUUUAUGCACACAAGUGUGAAGGUUUUUCAGGGAGCAGAGCAUCUGGGACAGGCUGAUUCUGAGCUAAACAGGGCUCCUUUAAGGCAAUAUGAACUGUUGCCUUCUAUAAAUUGCACAUUGAGGACCUCUAAUAGACAAAGAUUAGGUGUCAGGCAGAAAACACUCAUUGUAAAUAUACUAUAAGUUGAUAAACAUAGGACUUUCUUAUUCCCCAGUUUUUCUUUAUCAUAUAAUUUAAAUAUUUAUUCAUUUUGUAUUUAAAGACUACCUACACAUAGAUAUAUGAUUCCAAAAUCAUACUUUCUCCAUCCCCACAUUAGCCAAGUGAAUACAGGGCCAAAUGGGUUCUUGGAAUGAUAAUAACAAAGCAUUACAAAGUGGGUCCCCUUGGUUCCAGCCUUGUCCAGAGUUUUUGGUUAUAUAUUUCUAUUUAUUACAAUUUACCUUUUAAAUUGUAAAAUAAACCUUUGUGUGGACAGAGCCAAUGUUUCAAUCUUGAAUGAGUAAAGAAAAUACUUUGGAACUGAUCCUCAUUUUGAAAUUGGUUCUAAAUUAUUAUCCAUUUCCAAUGUCUGAAAUUCUCUUACUUCCUGCUAAAACUCUCUUUCUGCCAAAGUUGUUUCGUAAUCUGUCUCAAUGACUAUAAUGUAAAAUUAAAGAAGUAACCAUGCUUCUCAAGGGGGAAUUAAAAGUGUUUAUUGAAUUUUACUCAGGCUAAUUGUUUGGUCAGAAAUUCCUAAGGCCACAGCUUUGGGGGGUUCGUGUAGAUGUACAUGGUGGGUGGGUUAUAAAUAUUGGGACUUAAGGCAGCUUGUUCUAUGUAUUUAUCUUUGCUCUUGGGUGACUUAGGGAAUGAUUUUAUUUGAUCUAACCUUCUUUCUGUUUGCCCCGAGAAUACUCGCCAGUGGCGCUUGCAGUUGUAGCAUUUACCCCAAGAUAACUUUGCCUACGAAAUAUUUCGCUUUUAUUAUUUUCACAUCAUUCUAGUAUAUGGACUUUGGAAACAAAAGACAUUGUUCUAUUUAUAGCAUUCUUUUUUUUUUUUUAGUAGCGGUAUUUCCAUUUACAAAAUAUAGUAACUCUUGAUUACUGAAAAUGUCAAAUCCUAGAAAACGUAGCAUGCCUAUACAUGAUGUUAACAUCAUUCUCGAACAGUUGUUGGCCGAAGAUUCAUUUGAUGAAUCCAAUUUUUUUGAAAUAGACAAUUCUGAUGUUCUCUUUAGAAAUAACUCAGUUUUUAUCUUUUUUCACAUUGAAAAUCAGUUAGAUUUGCUUAAGCCUCAAAGAGAAUGUUUAUGUAAAUUAGCGCUGGCAAUUUUUUUUUUUUCUAAACAGGAAAAGGGUUAAAUGAAGGUUGAUAAAAUGGAUGUUCAAUUGUCUUUCUGAAAGUGAGUGGCUUGAAGGGAUGAAUAAAUAUUUUCUUAAUAUAUUCAAAAAAGUGCAUUGCUUUCUGUGAUGGAAGUUAAGACCUAAACGUCUGGAAGUUGUAACCCUCAACACAGCUUUUCCUGAUUUGCUGCAAAGGCACAUAGCUGAUUAUAGAAGUGAAGACGGCAAGGACGGGGACUCCAACAAAGGAAACCCUGUUGCAGGAUUUGGGAACUUUCAUGCUUCAGAUGAAAUUCAGGCAUGUGAGCAUCACUGCAGAAUGUGGUGCAUCAUUGCCAUCAUGAGUAAUCACUUGCUGCUCCUACUUCUGAGACCAAGACUCUUUUGUCAUAUUCUUUAGCAAUAGGACGGGUAAAGACUGGAUUUAAUCGCUGUUCAGAGUAUAAAAACUCAAUUGAUUCCAACAUAUCUGAAUGUGCAGUAAAGUCUUAAAAGUCAA